CCUAGCAAGUUCUACAUCCACGACGUCUGGAGACGUGUUGCUCGGCUGCUGCUUGUGCUGUAAACUAACAAACUAAUAGCAACUAUUUUAAAACACAUUUUCAGGUGUCCAGGUGGCAACACUGACGGUGCAAGAUGUCCGUAGCGGGGUUUAAGAAGCAGUUCUACAAAGCCAGUCAGCUGGUUAGUGAGAAGGUUGGAGGUGCAGAGGGAACCAAACUGGAUGAAGACUUCAAGGACCUCGAGAGGAGGGCAGAUAUUACCAGCAAAGCAGUGGUGGAGGUCCUCAGUAAAACAUCAGAGUACCUCCAGCCCAACCCUGCAACAAGAGCUAAGCUUACCAUGCUCAACACGGUCUCCAAAAUGCGUGGGCAGGUCAAGAGUCCUGGCUACCCCCAGCCUGAGGGCCUCCUGGGGGAGUGCAUGACGAAGUAUGGACGGGACAUGGGCGAGGAAACCAACUUUGGUGGGGCUCUAACAGACAUUGGAGAGUCAAUGAAAAGAAUGGCCGAGGUCAAGGACUCUCUGGAUAUUGAUGUGAAGCAGAACUUUAUUGACCCACUGCAGGCAGUCGCCGAGAAGGAUAUCAGAGACAUUCAGCACCACCUGAAGAAGCUGGAGGGCCGUCGUCUCGACUAUGAUUAUAAAAAGAAACGUCAAGGUAAAAUCCAAGAUGAAGAGAUCAGGCAAGCCCUGGAGAAGUUCCAUGAGUCCAAAGAGAUGGCUGAAAGCUCAAUGAACAACCUGCUGGAAACGGAUGUGGAGCAGGUGAGUCAGCUGUCUUCUUUUGUGGAGUCUCUGCUGCAGUACCACAAACAGGCUACGGAGAUCCUGGAGGAGCUUUCUGAGAAACUGAGAUCAAGGGUGAAUGACGCUCAGUCUCGUCCAAGACGUGAAUACACACCCAGACCCAAACCAGAGUAUGACUAUGGAGAAGCAGAAAGCUCUAAUGGAGGAUACUCACCAGCGGCAACAACCCCUCCAGCUUAUUCUUCCGCCCCUGCACAAUAUCCAGGUCCAUCCUUCCAAAGAACCUCCAUCAGGAGCAGACAGUCUGAGCCAAGCUGUAAAGCUCUGUAUGACUUUGAGCCAGAGAACGAGGGAGAGCUGGGCUUCCGAGAGGGUGACAUCAUCACCUUGGUCAAUCAAAUCGAUGAGAACUGGUUUGAGGGAGCCAUUCGUGGGAAAACAGGAUUAUUCCCCCACAACUAUGUUGAAGUGAUUGUACCUCUGCAACAUUGAAACAGCAAGGCAAGAGGGUAACAGCAAGAUGGAGAGGAUGGGGGAUGGUAAUGGAUCAUCAACUCUCAAUAACCAAAAUAUAUCACAUCUUUAUUGUAAUUAAAGGGUAAACUAAGAAAGGGACCUAAUUUGUACCUAGGAGUUAUUUGAGUAAAGAGGUUUUUUUUAUUCUGUCUAAUUAUGUCAAGAUAUAAACUUCAAAAAACGUACGGACAGAGGGAUGUUCAGUCAACAAAUGGCCCCGUAAUGUGAGCAUUUACCAUAUCCUGAGUAUUUACAUUCAUUCUCUAUGCACCAGUGCACUUUCUACACUCCACCUCCAUCACCAGGACUGAUGAAGCAAGAUCAAGAGAGAAUGAAAUCUGUAAUGGCAUGUUCAGCUGUAUUCACAAACACUAACAAGUGCAAGUACUUUAUUCCUAUAUUACAAACCUAUUUCAUAUUCACAAGAUGACACUCCUUGUGUUAUGUUUUGUUGAUAUUGGUACUACACACAUGCAUGUAUACUCAUGUAUUCUUACAAACACCGUCUUCGACACUCCCAGUUUUCACUUCUGUCCCUUCAGGCUUUAGUACUGUUGUCUUCAUGGACUAGUUUGAGUCAACAUGGAGGACUGGCUUCUUUCUGUCGAUGUCUGAGACUAUCCUCCACUGCCACCUGGUGGUUCUAAAGCUCACUCUAAGCUAUCGGUUUUAGUGCCACUGUCAUGCGACCUCUAUCGCUUACCAAAUUCACGUUUGGUGGUUUGUCUUGUCUUUUAGUGUGGAUUUUCUUUCUUCCAAAUAGCUGGAGCCAGUCAACAGAUAACAUCGACUGACUGACUGCUGUAUUAAAUGUUUUUUCAUUACUACACCACUGCCAGUCAGAUAAACUCUGGCAGUUUGUUCGAGACCAAAAGGUUGUUUUAUAAUCUAUUCCAAAGAGCUGGAGAGCAUCCAUAAAUAUGCUUAAUUUUGUAAUCUUUGAUCACAUCAAUUGUUUUGCUACUUUGUUAAUGAUUUAUCUACUCUUAAUUUACAGACAGCCCUUCCAAUGUUUCCCACUGCACUCCACUCUCCACUUAAAUCUUAUUCCCACCUUGGACAAGACUUAUGUUUAUCAUUAAAAGGAUGCAUAUUUAAAUACAGCCUCAUGCGUGCAAUUCUGCAAAUUUAAGUUAAUGUUUGAGAUUAUUAUAUGCAAACUGGAUUACUUUUUACAUACUUCACAUUUUAAAGAAGAAGCUGAAUUUGGUUUCCAUUAAAGUGUAACCUACCACAAUGUAACAUGAUUCACUCCCACCUCAAAUAUUUUGCAACAUUACACCAAAGCCAUAAGCGUCUUUCAGUUCCUUUAUUUUCUCAGGCUGUAUUGAUACUGCUGGCAGUGUCGCUUACAAUAUCUUUGUGGGCUUUUUUAUUCAACUGUUUGACAAAGAAUUUCUGUCUGUGUUUUUGUUUUCCCCCCAUUGUGCUGGGGUUAAGCUUGGCUUUAGUACUCUAACCUAUAAUUUGGAGCAUGUAAAUUAAUCUGAUGUGUUUUGUACCUGCCUCAGUUUUCGGGCUGAAACUGUGCCCCAAACCUGACAGAUAAUACUGCAUAACUAUCACCAAACAAUUGUGUACAUAAUUCACUUAUAAUGAGGAAGGCCUCUGCACAAAAGCCACUUUCAGUUUCAAUUAAGUCUUUUACAAGCUGACUAUGAACUGUGAGGGUUUGUGCUGCUCACUAAAAUACCAACUUUCUCCUCUUGUCAUGAUCCCCUUGUUAGACGAACCCCCCACACACACACACACACACACACACACACACACACACACACACACACACACACACACACACACACACACACACACACCUCUCUUCCAUCUCUGUUUAAACUGGGAGUGGAACAGACAGGUCUUUUCAGAAGGGAGGCUCACAGCAGUGGAUUAUGCCCUCCCUCCCCCACUGGUCUUUAUUCACCACCUGCCCCUGUACCACUACCCCCGUUCUCAUUAUCUGCCCCAUCCCAGUCCCAUGGUGCCUCUGGAGUCUCCUGGUCCUAUAAUCUCUUUUAUUUGUAUCAUAGUCUGUGCCUCUUACAUGUUAUGUUUGCAUGUCUCCACUGUUAAUAAUGUCAUGUGUAUUGCCAUUGCCUUUGGCUGGGCUGAGUAGUAGCUGUGGGGUUCAGGUGUGGGGUUUACAUGCCUCAUUACACUAAAUCAAAAGCCCAGAGUUUGAGAGGGGGAGAAGAUGGUCAGGGGUUCGGGGUGAGCUAUUAUGCAGCUUGUAUAAUAUUGAUGAUGAAUAAUGUCGGAUGAAAGGGCUAAGAUCAAUUUUUGUGUGCCGCUGCUGUCACAUCUGAAAUAGUUAUCUUAAAGCCGUGGCUGACAUUUAUUGCAACACUACAUAAUGUGAUUGCUGUGUAUUGCAUCCAUAACCGCGAGUCUCUCAACUAUGCAAUAUAGCUGAAUGAAGUAUUAUCAAACUGUUAAGCUUAAUUUUAUUAUGCACAAUCUUAAUGGAUUUUUUUUUUUUGUGUGUGUUCAAAUGUAACUGCUUUGCAUGAGUCUUCAUUACAGCCUCUGUGUCUUGCCUAAUGCCUUAUUUUUGUAACUGUGACACUGUGGGGAGGUUAAAAGUGGGAUCAUCCUGGAUUAUUUUAAGGAUAUAUGGAUUACCUCUGUGUUUAUGUGUAAUCAUCUGUGUAUUGUAUAUUUUUGUUACUAUUCAAAGGGGAAUGGAUGCUGCAUUCACUUCUUUAAAUAAAUAUUAAGUAAUUUGG